AUAAUCGCGACACGUUUCGGUGGUGUGCAUCAAGUUUUAAUCACCCUGUAUGCUUAACAGUUUAUGUUUUGAAGUUGUUCUCUAGUACUCCUCCUACCGAUGAUUUUGUGUAUAGCCAUUUAAGUGUCACGGAGAGAACCAAAAAUAUUGACCCGGAAGUAAUCACUGCACAGGUUGGUAGUAAACACGUGUUGGAGGUCUGAAGAAAUUCUACUUUGAAAUUUGGACUGAAAUCCACAGGGUAGAAAGACCUUACCUGAGGCCAUGGGCAAGUCCAAGCAGACGGGCAACCACAAGAGUGAUAAGAAGAAAAACAUCGCAAAGACAUGGAAAACGAAACGUCGGACCAAAGAUCUUGAUCAGAUCCACAAUGACAUGAAACCAGGCAAUGCAGCCAAGCUUCUAAGGCAGGAGGUGGAUUAUGAUGUCACAGGCUGUGCACAACACUACUGUCUCCACUGCGCGCGAUACUUUGUCGAUCUGAAAACAAUGAAGGAGCACUUCAAAACUAAAGUCCACAAGAAACGGCUGAAGCAAUUGAGAGAGGAACCCUAUACCCAGGCUGAAGCUGAGAGAGCAGCAGGGAUGGGCUCCUAUAUUCCCCCAAAGACCAUAGAGGUUCAGACCCAGCCUGUGGAGGAAGACAUGAGCUGAUCAUGAACUGCCUUGCCACAGAUAUUUUAACAUUGCACAUUCUGAUCAGAUAUUCAGCUCCUUUGGUCCUGUGGGUUCUGGGUGGUUACAGGAGUUUCCAGUUUUGCUGAACUGUGGAUAUGCUGUCAACCAUGCCUCAGAAGCUAGAAAACCAGAACAUUUACAGCUUUAAGAAUGGUAGAGACAGAGCUUUCUGUAUGAAGCAGAGUGAGCUGACUGUCUGAUUAAUAUAUAGGAAUGUGUGACAUCCCCCCACACACCCCCAAGGCCUUACUUGUAUGUGCUGGAAAUACAGUUCUGUAAGGGUCUGAAGUGUUUUUUUCUUUUUGCCGAAAGGAUACUUUGGGUGACAUAAUAAUGCUGCUCUUACUUGUCUAUACACAUGUAAAUAUGUAUUCUGGGUGUAUGUUUGUAUAAAAUAU